AUGACAGCCACAAGAACCAAGUACGCUACCUUUGCCACGCCUGCGCCAGCGCACCCGGCUCGCUCGGCCAGCACCGUUUCGCGCGCAUUCUUUGCCUGGGCACUGCCGCUCAUUCGCACGCGGCGCCAGCUCCACCUCGACGACGUGUGGCCACUCGCGCCGGAGACCACGUGCAGUGUCAACGCAGCGCCGCUUGCUAACGCGUACGCCGCGUCGUCGUCGGUCGUCAUGGCUUUUCUGGGCGUGUACGGCUGGUCGUACUUUUGGAUGGGGCUGCUUGGCUUGCUGCUGCGACUGCUGGAGCUCGCGGGGCCCAUGGUCUUGAACCAGGUCGUUGGCGCUGUCGAUGCGCCGUCCACGCUGUACCAAUCGGUGGGCCUCCUCUUUCUCUCGAUGACGUCGCAUGCGUUCCUGUAUUCGCACUGCGUCGUCCUCGAAGAAACCACGGUCCUGAGCUUUACGUCGGGCCUAAAGGGUCUUUUGUUCCAGAAGCUCCAGCGACGCAGCCUGCUCGUUCAGGACGCGCCAGAACUCACCAACAUUUACACUGCGGACCUCGGCACGGUUCGCUUCUCAACGCAUCGGAGCUGCGGCUUUGCCGGCAUCGCCGUCAUCGUCCUCGCUAUGACGAUCGCUGGCUCCAUCUCGACGGUCGAAGCGACUGCGUACGACAACAUUAGCACUGCCCGUGACGCGCGCAUGAAGGCCAUCAAGGAAACAUUUGGCUCUGUCCUCGUUCUCAAGCUUCAGGCAUGGGAAAACGAGGUGGCAGCUAUGCUUCACCGCCGUGCGCUGCACCACACAGCCAAGCUCUCGACGCUCCGCUCCACAGAGCUGCUGUACGUCUGGCACCUCUUGCGGGCGGGGGCGGGCGGGACCUUGUGCAUGUACGCUGCGCCGAUUGGUGUGUCGGUCGCGUCGUUCUUCUGCUACACGCUGGUGCUUGGGCACGCGCUGACGCCGGUCAAGGUCUUUACAUCCAUUGCUCUCUUUCGCAUGCUGCAAGAGCCGAUGACGCAAGCCCCGGACAAUAUCACGGCGGCCAUCGAAGGCUGGACAGCGAUUCGCCGUAUCGGGGAAUUUCUUGGCCAGCCCGAGAAGCCGUUGCCGCCUCCUGUUUUGCCCACGCCCCCCGACGGUAUGAGCCUUCUUCCUGUGUCGACGUGA